UUAGGUUUAAAUCUUGAAACUGCUUGUGACGUUGUUGGCAGAUGGAAAUUGCUGAAUUAUUACCUUCAAGUAGGAAUCCUUUACCAUUGCAGAACAAUCUUAUGAAAAGUCUUUCGGCUGAUAAAGAGAAGAUGAGUUCUGUAGCCAAAAUCAAAGUAGUGGUAAGAAAGAGGCCACUGAACAAAAAGGAAAUAGCAAAGAAAGAGGAAGACAUUAUCACAAUUGAUUCAGGUUCCAGUUCUCUGACAGUUCAUGAGAUGAAACUCAAGGUUGACCUCACAGAGUACCUUGAGAAGCAUGAAUUUGUGUUUGAUGCUGUGCUGGAUGAAGAUGUCUCAAAUGAUGAAGUAUAUCGGGAAACUGUGGAGCCGAUUGUUCCUGCUAUAUUCCAGUGUACAAAAGCAACUUGCUUUGCCUAUGGUCAAACAGGUAGUGGAAAGACAUACACUAUGCAACCAUUGCCACUCAAAGCAUGUCAAGAUAUUCUGAGACUAAUGCAUCACACAUACAGAUAUCAAGGUUUUCAACUGUAUGUGAGUUUCUUUGAGAUAUAUGGAGGAAAACUCUUUGAUUUACUAAAUGAUCGGAGGAAACUUUGCAUGAGAGAGGAUGGUAAACAACAAGUUUGCAUUGUGGGUUUGCAAGAGUUUAGAGUAUCAAAUGUUGAUAGCAUCAGGGAACUCAUUGAAAAAGGGAAUGCAACGAGAAGUACAGGCACAACUGGUGCAAAUGAGGAGUCAUCACGUUCUCAUGCUAUACUUCAGCUAGCUAUUAAGAGGUCAGUAGUUGGUAGGGAAUCAAAACCAGCUCGAAUAGUUGGCAAGCUCUCUUUCAUAGACCUUGCUGGAAGCGAAAGAGGUGCCGAUACUACUGACAAUGAUAAGCAAACAAGGAUUGAAGGUGCUGAGAUCAACAAAAGUUUGCUUGCUUUAAAGGAAUGCAUUAGAGCACUUGACAACGAUCAGGUUCACAUUCCAUUCAGAGGGAGUAAACUGACCGAAGUUCUCAGGGAUUCAUUUGUUGGUGACUCCCGCACCGUAAUGAUUUCAUGUAUUUCCCCAAAUUCUGGUUCAUGCGAACACACAUUGAACACCCUCAGAUAUGCAGACAGAGUGAAGAGCCUCUCUAAGGGAAAUAACAAGAAGGAUCUCCUGUUGGCAACCACAAAUCUGAGAGACUCAACCAUGGGCCAAUUAUCUUCUGUAUUACUUGCUUUCUCUGACCUCGAUAAUAAGGGCAUUGACAUUUCCAGCGAGACCCACCCGUCUCAUUGGUCCAAGCAAUUUGCAAAAGAGUCAUCUUUGCAAUAUAAUUUAGACCAUGUUCCUGGUGGGAGAGACGAGGGGCAUGUAACUUCUGAAUAUUCUAAGCAUUCAAGGGUAAGCAGUAGAGGUUCAUCAACUGUGGGAGUGUUAGAUUCCUCUGUGAAUGUAUAUGAGCAAGCUAUACCAUCUCGGAAGGAAUGCAAGGCAGAUGCACAUCCACAGUUGCCUGUGGAUAAUAAUACGAGAAUUGAUUCCCAUGUGAAACAGAAAUAUAUGCACAAAGGAGGUGUCGAUGAUUUUGGCUCAGAUGAUGAUCUAAAUGGUCUCUUGCAGGAAGAGGAGGAUCUUAUUGUGGCCCAUCGGAGACAAGUGGAGGAUACAAUCAAUAUUGUUACAGAGGAGAUGAACCUGUUAGAUGAAGCGGAGCAACCUGGUAAUCAACUAGAUGAGUACGUCUCCAGAUUGAAUGCCAUUCUCUCCAAGAAGGCAGCUGGAAUUGUAAGUUUGCAGGCCCAAUUAGCUCAUUUUCGUCGGCGUCUGGCUGAGCAGAAUGUUCUUGUUUCCUAAUCAGCAUUUUGCCAAAAUUGGUCGAACACACAAGAUCAUAUAAAGAUUAUGAGGUACAGAUUAAGCCAUAAAUAGUUGUCGUAAUCACCACUUGAUGCAGCAGCUGGCUUUGAGAUGAUAUCUAUCUUUCUUUUUCGCAUGGAUGUAAGAUCUUACUGUUCUAGCUAGAAAUGCCAGAGCAUAGAAGCUGCGAUGGAUACAGCUAGUCCUUUAAAUUCAAUAUGUAGCUUGCAACUUGGUGGAGAUAAUUUAUUGUUUCAAACUCUUACAAAUUAAUUUUAAGCUAAUUUACUCUAAAUGUGUUCUAGAA